CUCAUACUCCACUUCAACUUCAUUUUUUCGCCAUUAAUGUAGAUUCCCGAAGCAUUUGCCGGUUUCUUGUUCGUUUUAGGGGCUGCAGGAUUUCCGUAGGUUUUCAAUUCAAGACCAUGGCAUCAUCCUCUUUGACUGCAGUCCAACAGUCAGCCCCGCCGUCGCUUGACCUUUCCUGUGACGAUUUCUACUUCUCACUCGUCCCCAAUGAUGACGCUGAUCAGACUUCCCCGCCGGUUUCAGAUGCUAAAUACGCGGAGGAGUUGCAGUUCCAAGAAGCCCUGCUCUCCUCCAUAACAACCGCCGCCGCCCAAAGCUCCGGAACCCCCGACCUGCCGCUGUCAACCCUAGAAAUCAUGAAAAUGGUGUCUGCCGCCACCGCCGCCGCAUUGGCUCAAGUGGAAGUCGAAGAAGUAGGAGAGAAAUGCGAAUCGUCUCAAAUGUUCUGUGGAAUUUGCACGGAGAGGAAGGAUUUAGACGAAAUGUUCAGACUUGAUGGAUGCGGCCAUAUGUUCUGCACAGUUUGUAUCAGCAGGCAUGUGGAGACGAGAGUUCAGGACAGCAUCCCUGUGGUGACAUGUCCCGGCCUGAAUUGCUCUGCCUCUCUCGAAUUCGAUUCGUGUAAGGCUUUUGUCCCUCUGGAUGUGCUAACCAGGUGGGAUUAUGUUUUGUGCCAGUCGGUCAUUCCAGCCUCGGAGAAAUUCUACUGCCCCUACAAGAAUUGCUCUGCAAUGCUGGUGAAUGACAGCGGUGGGAUGAUUAGGGAAUCGGAGUGCCCUUUCUGCAACAGGCUGUUCUGUGCUCAGUGCAACGUGCCGUGGCAUUCUGGGAUCGGGUGUGAGGAGUUUCAGACGCUGGGUGUGGAUGAAAGAGGUAGAGAGGAUAUCAUGGUCAGGGAUAUGGCUAAGCAGAAAAGCUGGAGAAGAUGCCCUUCUUGCCAAUUCUAUGUUGAUAAGACUGAAGGGUGCUUGCAUAUUACUUGCAGGUGUAAGUUUGAAUUUUGCUAUGCUUGUGGAGCAACAUGGAGUUCAACUCAUGGGGGCUGCCAGUGAUUGCAUUCUCAUUAGUAAUUAAUUCCUUUUUCAUUAUGUGUUGAAAUUUGAAAAUAAUACUGGUACUUUGGCAAGGGGACAGUUAAUGGUUCAAAGAAUCAUAGAAGCUAUAACUUUAGAGUAAUUUUGAGAUCAUUUUACUGCACCAAUUUGUAAAUCCUCUCUACCCACAUCAUUAUAUGCUCUAAUAUUUUAAUGAUGG